CAAAUUUCGAAAAUUCUGCUCAUAAUGGCUGACGGCUCCAUAGUCGAAGCUCGAGGCACAACAACUCCGGAAUAAGAAUAGAAAGCUAUUCCUUCUCUUCCUAUCCAUUUCUUCUCCACCAAUGGCGAGGAAGAGAGAGAGAGUUCCGGAGGUCCUCUGGAGAUUGUUUCGCACCCGUGCUCGGCCGCUAGUCGACACCAUCCUUGCCUUAAUACCUCCGCCGGCGGACGCCGAGUGCCGCUGCCCGCUUGGCCGCUGCCUCGCCUGCAGCGGCGAUGAAGCCAUGUCGUUCCUCGUCGGACCUGGCGACUCCGCUGACUACCGUAAGCUCCUGACGGGAUGCUUCGUCGUUGUUUCCGAAAAUGCCCCUCCCAUUCCUCCCGUCUUCGACCCUCACUGCCGCUGGUCGCAACGCGAGAUUGUCAGAAGAUCCAUUGAAAUGAUAAUGCAAGAACAAGCGUCCUCUUUGAAUCUGAUCUGCUGCAGUUAUGAUAAAAGCAGCCGCUCAAGUGCCGUGGUUGACACGUUGACCUCUUUAAAGUGGUCUAUCCUACUAAAGAGGGUUGGUGAUGCUCUAAUGAUGUAUUUGUUGAAGUACACUUCAAUAUUUCUACCACUGCGACACAAGAAGUUUUAUCAGAUUGUUGGUUUCCCUAUCAGUGAUUUGUGCGGUAAAAUCUCAAGGCGCACGCCAGACUCCAAAUCUCAGCUUUGUUCACAUGUUUCUGAAGGAUCUAGGAAAAAGACGAAAAGGGUUGAAGGAAUUGAGCCAGCCACAGGGAAAGAGCUAUCGACACUUUCUCCGAAUUUGGAGCCUUCUUCAAACCCAAUUACGAUUUUUGCAGGUUCUUGUUUUUCUCAAGAAGAAUCUCCUCACAACAAACGUGAGAGAAGUUUGAAAGAAGAUACUGCUAGACCUAAGAAGCGUAAGAGAGAAUUCAGUUGGCAGAGGCAAAGGAAACAUAAGCAGUUGGUUGUUCAAGAAAAGCAAUCUUUGAUUCCGUAUGGAGAAAAUUGUUGCAACACUGAUAACUUAUCCAGUGGGCUCCUGAAAGAUGAGCGUGCAAGUUCAUGUCAGACUCGUGUGGCUAUCAAUUCUCGUUGCUUUUGUUGUUCAGUUUUCCAAAAUGCACCAAAGAUGAAGCGAAACGCUGAGAUUGCUAGACAAAACAUAUUUUAUAAGUUAGAAGAUUCUACAUCAAUGCUGCCAAGGAAACGUAUCCUCAUUGACAUACUGUACACUGUAAAGCCCAAUGGCUGUGGAGCUUCUGUCCUGUUCAAUAAUAUAUUCAGAUCAUUUGGCAUGAAUAAUCAUCCUGGGAUUACGCCAUGUCUUCACAGAAAAGAUAAUUGCCCCGUUUUAUCCACCUGUUUAUAUCAUUCCCUGACUAAGCUACUCAAAAAUCUCAUUCGUGAGACUCAAAAUUGCCGAUAUUUGAAGCUUUUAGACAAGCACUGUCCUAUGGGAUCCUCAUAUGAAGACACGAAUAGGGAUACGAGCACUAGGUUUAAGGGAAAUAACCCACGGUCAAUCUUAUCUAUGAGAAAACAGAAUGGGGUUCAACCUGAUGGAAACUGGUUUAGUGUUUCUAAUGCCAAAAAUAGCAGGAUGACACAUUUUGAUAUCGAUCAGAAAGAGCGGGUUGAAUAUCGCUGUCCCAAAAAACAGGUGGUAUCAUUUGUAUGGGCAAUUUGUCGGAGAAUAGUCCCCGUGCCUUUGCUUGGAGAACCUUCUAACUGGAGGGUUUUGCGGAAAAACAUCUCAAGAUUUAUCCAGCUGCGAAAAUUUGAGAAAUUCUCCUUAAAGGAAUGCAUCUAUAAAUUAAAAAUAUCAAAAUUUCCUUUAUUGUCAGUUAAACACGUUGGGGAUAGGCUCAAUGGAUGCAGUCAGCUUGGUAUCACAGAUGUUGCUCGACAUGCAAUUUUUCAAUGCUGGAUGUUUUGGUUUUUUUCAUGUCUAGUGUCACCAUUGGUUCAGGCUCACUUUUAUGUCACUGAAAGCGAGCAUGGAAAACAAGAGGUACAAUAUUACCGAAAAUCCACUUGGGUGAAACUGAUAAAAGAAGCUGAAUGCUUGAAGGACGGGAGGUUCUGCCAGCUGGAUCACACAUCUGUUGAGAAAAUAAUCAGGAACAGAUCAUUUGGUUUCUCCAGGGCCAGACUUCGUCCCAAGCUAAAUGGAUUCCGAAUGCUGACAAAUCUUCAAGCACCAUCAAGAAUGAGUGUGGACCCUCCAAGAAAUCCCUCCAAUCAAAAGCUGUUGAGACUAGCAUUGCCUGACCGUAGGGCAAAGUGUCGGUUUUUCAAGUCUGUGAACAGCAUCCUUCAGGAUCUGCACGUGGUUUUAAAAGGUUUAUGGAUAAAGGAACCAGUGAAGUUGGGUUCAUCAGUUUUUGAUUACAAUGACGUCUACCGAAAGCUAGUGCCUUUCUUAUUUCAUUUAAAAAAUGGGUCGACUAGAAUGCCUAGCAUGUUCCUUGUGGUUUCAGACGUGUCAAAAGCUUUUGACUCCAUUGAUCAAGAUAAACUGCUCAGUGUGAUGAAUGAUGUUGUAUUGGAAAAUGAGUAUGAUUUGGAGAAAUUUACUCAGGUUAUCUGCACAAAGAAAUCUUUGAAGGUCCACCUGCAUGUGACUUUAGCAAAUGGAGAUAAUAUUGGCGAGUUCGGUAAAAUCACUCCACGACUCCCUGCCCAGGCAUUGGAUUCUGUUCUUAUUAAAAAGGGACUGAGCAGAAACAUAAGGAAAGAUAAAAUCCUUGGAAUUCUAAAAGAGCACAUUACGCGCAAUGUAGUUCAACUCCACAAUAACUUUUUUCUGCAAAACGUCGGCAUACCUCAAGGCAGUGUCUUGUCUUCUUUGCUCUGUUCAUUCUAUUAUGGACACAUGGAGAGGAAUGUGGUAUUUCCAUUUCUCGAGAAAGUCACCGAGGGCCCAUCUGGAGAACUCGAUACUUCUGGCAUUUCUGUUUCAAAAGGAAUUCUUUCCAAAAGAGCUGCCACAUGUGGACCUUCAUACCUUCUGCUUAGGUUCAUUGACGACUUCCUCUUCGUAUCAACUUCAAAAAGGCAGGCUUCAAUGUUCUUCUACCAGCUGGGAUGUGGAGUUCGUGAAUACAACUGCUCCAUGAAUGAGGAGAAAUACGGUUUAAACUUUGACAUUAAUGGUAGUCAACAAUGCCGAUCAAACAGGCUGCACGUCGGUAAAGAUGGUGUUUCAUACCUCCGAUGGAGUGGGCUGCUCGUUAAUUGCUCCACAUUAGAAAUUCAAGCGGACUACACAAGGUAUCAGAGUACUCAUUUGAGCUCCACUCUAACCGUAAGCUGCCGAGGACAAGUAGGCCAACAGCUGAAGUCAAAGCUUCGUUGUUACCUGCGGCCUAAAUGCCACCCUAUAUUCUACAAUUCUAACAUCAAUUCCCCUAGAGUUGUCAGACUCAAUAUCUAUCAAGUAUUUCUGCUUUGUGCCAUGAAAUUCGUAUGUUAUGUUAAAAACUUGUCAAUUCUACCAAGGCUCAGUCCACAAUUCCACUUUAAUGCCAUUGACUCGUCUUUGAGGUACAUGAACCGGCUCAUAAAAAAAAAGAUGUAUUCUUUUGACAUUGAAACUGCCUUUCGUCCUAAAUACAAUGUGAAAAAGAAGGAAAUUGUGUGGCUUGGACUGUACGCCUACUGUCGGGUGCUCGGGAAAAAGCAAUCAGGGUACAAGGAGUUGCUUUCUUUGUUGAGGUCUAAGUUGAAGUCUUAUGGGAAGGUAAAAAACAUGUCGACCCAGCUCAAGUAUGCCAUUGAUGAUGCACAUUCAUCAGUACUUUGGAGCAUCAACCACAUUUGUGGAGGAGCUCAAAUAUUUCCUAUUAAUGGAUUCAAAGUCGACACAAGUAGCCAUGAUAGAGAUGUGUGGGAGUUGAGGUGGCAUGGGGAUGCCGCUUGGGAAUGUCCCCAGUUUGUCGAGCCCACAUUCAAUCUAAACUUUGAAGGGGUGCAAUGUGAUGUGAAUGCGUUGCAAGGGAAAGUGGUGGAUAAUCGAGUAGAGAUGCCCAAAAAGAGGGUAGUUGAUGAAGUUGACAAUGAGGAGGAUGAGGUUGAAUGGAACAAAGUGGUAGAGGCAAUGAAAGGUAAGGAAGUGAUGGCCGAGAAGGAGAACACGGUAAAGAUGUUCCGGCAUAUGUUCCAUUUUUCAAAGAGUUGGUGUACGAGGAAGAGGUUUGAAGACAAUGAAAAGGUUUUGAUAUCAGAGGUUGCAUUGACAACAAUCCCUCAACAAGAGUGCGGCCUCAGUGGCUUUGUUAGCAAGAUCAGAAUGGGGAAUGGGAAAGAGACAACCACCAUGCUCGAUUUUGGCGAUAGUAUAAAUCUUAUGUCGUACUCAAUUUUUAUGCAACUCGGGUUAGAAAGCCUCAUAGUUCCGAUGGCUUUUGUAGUUCUUUAUGUUGGAAAGGUGCCAAACACCGGGAAUGAUCAUACAAUCCUCCUUGUCCGUCCAUUCAUGGCCACGACAAACACUCUCAUCAAUGUCAGGGAUGGUUGUGUGACUCUGUCGGUCUUAGGAGAUACGAUCAACUUCUCCAUGAACGAUGCUAUGAUUUAG